GCUGAUUGGUCGAUAUCCAAGUUCCCAUCGAGCGGCCGAUAGCAGCAAGUCCACGAUGCCCCGGUACUACUGCGACUACUGCGAUACCUACCUCACCCACGACUCGCAAGCUGGGCGCAAGCAGCACAACCGCGGCUGGAAGCACCGCGAGAACGUCAAGCUCUACUACGAGGCGAUCGUCCAAGGCAACGGCGCGACCAUGACCCCUGGCGCCUGGCUGCGCCCGGAUGCGAUGCUGCGUGGCCCGCCGCGGCCGAUGAUGCCAGUGGGCCUCGUCCGGCCCAUGGGUAUGCCGCCGGGGAUGCCUGGAAUGCCUGGGAUGCCGCCGGGCAUGCCUGCCUAUGGCAUGCCGCCAGGGCCCAUGAUGAUGCGCCCUCCGCCGCAAGGGUUUCCGCCGCGCGGCCCGCCGCCGAUGAUGCCAAUGCACAUGCGCCCGCCGCCGCCGAUGCAAUACCAGCAGCAUCAAUAA